AUGGAAGCAAAAUAUGAAAGCAUUGAAAAUACAAUUUGCAGUAAUAAUUUGGAUAAAAAUACAAUCCCAAGCGUGCUAAGUUUAAUUUUGCAAGAAAGAAAUCGUGCAAAUAUUUUAAGAUCUCUCGAAAGACUGACUGAAGUAAAGGAGACUGAAAUCCAUGACCUUUGCAUAGAGCAUAGCAGAGAUCUUCUCUUAGGCGUUGAAACUGCAUCAAAAUUGUGCGAUUCCUUUAAAAACGCCCGCGAAGAUGUAGGAUUUUUACAGAGCGGAGUUCAAGAAGUUGGAAAUCUUAUCAAUGAAGCCUAUAAGAAAAUUGAAAUCCCAAAAAAGAAGCUGGAAAACUCAGAAAAAGCUUUGAAACACCUCUCCGAUAUCAGCUAUGCAGUUUCUUUACUAAAUAAAGCUCAGUCACAAAUUGUAAGCAUGAGACAUAUAUCAGCACUGAGAACCCUAAAUAAAGUAAAAGGCUUAAAGCUAUUAAAGAAAUCCUCAACAGAUACCUCAAAAAUGAUUUUUUCCUUUGUUCCAAGAUUUGAAGAAAUGAUUGAAAGGCAAAUCGAAGAAAGCUUAAGCGAAUGACUAGUAUCAACCAGAAAAAUCGCCGAAGAACUUGGCAAGCAAUUAUUUUUGCAAGCAGAAAACAGGGUUUCUUUUGAAAAAAAGAAGAAAAACAAUGAGCCAAAAUUUUCUGUAAAACCCCGAGAAACCAAUAUUUUAAGCAUGCAUACAAGAGAAAGUAUAAGGCCUUCAAUAAAACCAUCUCGAGAGCUGAACUCUUAUGAGCUUAGCAAAAUGGCAAGUAUGAGACAAUCUACACGAAACCAAUUAAAAAUUGCUGACCAUAAGCAAGAUUUCCAUUUAAUUACAAUCAAUUUUUCGAGUUUGUGACAAUUUGAAUCAGUUUUCGACGUUCUUGGCAAGGCAAAAGAAUAUAGGGAAAAAUUAAAGCACAAUAGGAAGACUCAAAUUUUGCAGACUACAUCAUUCUACCAAAACCAUAUCGAAAAAUUCGAAGCUUUGGCUGGACAGAUAGCAAUUGAGAAAGAGCUAUAUGAGCAUGAUGAUAGAUUUAGGUCGGAAGAAGAGCUUCAAGGAUUGUGGGUUGAAACUAUCUCGCAAUUGGAAAGAGGUUUGCAUGAAAUUCUGGUGAGCUGCACAAGUGCUUUGGAAGUUCUUCAAGUUAAAAAGGCUAUCGUCUUAUUUAUCCACUCAACUGUAAAAUGUGACUUCAUAAUAAUAAAAUGGCUAUGUACAGAAAAUGCUGUUUCCGACAACCCUUUCUCCUCUAUUGUUUUUAUUAUUAUGGCUUCAGUUUUCCAUGUGGACUUUUAUCCCAAUUCCAAUAUGCAAUUACUGCAUAGGGUAUUAGGUGGCUCAAGAAAGUAAGGAGACAUAUGGUUUUCACUUCCUGAUGCACCAGAGUAAGGUGACACUCAGAUGGACGCGCUUUGAAGCUAUAGGAAAUCCCCGAUGAUGGCGCUCAAUUGCCAUCAUCGGGCACCUACAGUAAAGGGUCCACACAGGAAAUGGGUUCCACGUGUGAAGCCCUUUUUGACACUUUGAGAAUCCUCACUUUCACGUGCCAAAAAGGGCUCCACAUGUGGAACCUAUUUCCAGUGUGGACCUGAACUGUAGUUGUCUGAUGAUGGCGCAUUGAGCGCCAUCAUCGGGCAACUUGUAUAACUUCGGACGAAGCGAAACACGGACGGUGAAUAAUUUCUAGCCGCUUUGGUGAGUCUUCUAGGAUGCUUGCUAAACAAGAUGGUUAAAUUUAGAAAUUUCAAAUAGUGGCGUAUGCAUACCUAAAUUAUCUUGUAAAGGAACAACACAAAUUAAAAUCUAAAUAAUUAGUAGUCAAAUGUGGCUUCACACAUAGAUCAUAUGAACUUUUUCAGUUGCUGAAAGAAAACCAUUAACAUUAAUUAGUAUUAUGAGAGGCUCGUCGUUUUGGCGCUGGUUUCCCCUGCCCUGCCCUACCUCCACCCUUCACGCUUCACCCGGCUGCUCACUACCAAUCGAACACGACCUUCAAGGUGUUACACCUACUGGACGAGGAUUGCAGUUGCUACCCGUAUUGGAUGAGUUACGCCACCUAGCAGUACGUCAACAGAGAUUGCCUAUUCCGAAAAUUUGAAAAACAAAUUUUCUGGUAGGACUGUCGGCCAAGAUGGAAAUCCAAAGCCUGGGACGUAAUGCCCAGUUUCACGCUAGGGAGUUGCCCGAUUGAUCAGGAGGGUACCUUCCCGAUGCCGCUGAGCUUCCCCUUUCCAACCUUGGAAUCCAUCUCCCCUGAGGCUUAACUCUUGGUGUCAGAAUGAGCUGCGGUCGGCCAAAUCCGACGUUGGGCUCCACUGUGCCAAGGUAAAACCUAGCCGGAUACACAUUCCGAGCGCCUUUCCCCUUCCACAAGGUCCCCUGCAAACGCAGGCUACAGGUGUUGAGAAAAAGGGCUGGAUCGCCGUCGCCAUUUUAAUGUAUAUGCUGAAAGAAAACCAUUGAAGAUUUUUAGACACUUUAUCGAAACAAUUUGUAAAUGAAUCACAGAAAAUCAUAGACACAGAGACUUAUCAGCCUCUUAGAGCGGACGAAUUAGAAGGAGCACAGCUUGAAGCAAUUGGGCUGGACCAAGAAGCUGAUGAGGGCAAAUACCCAUUCAGUAAAACAGUUCCUGAUCUUGGAAACCUACUUAAGAAAUUUGUGUGGCAUGAUUUGGAUUAUUUAGAGCAAAUCACUGAAAGUCCUGGAGAAGAAUUGUUUAAAACUAUCGACCAAAUGAUACACAAAAUAAACGAGCAGCUUUUUGAACAAAUCAGACACUCAACUGUAAUGCAAACAGCAAUUUUGGCAAUAAAUGCAAAUUUUAUAUAUAAAACUUUCAGCCACGUCUAUGAAUAUUUCGAAGAUAUCACAGGAGCCAGCCGGGAUUUUUCAGCAAGAGAAGCAUUCAUGCAGCUGAAAGAAAAAUGUGAACAUUCAAUAUUUUUGAAAAUCCAAGAGCAGGUUGGGACUUAUCUAAAGAUGAUAGUUGAUUUCUUGCCAAGUUCUCCAAAAAGGCAUGGCUGAAUUGAUGAAAUGUUAAUGUACAUUGACAACACAACAGCAUCUUUAGAAAAAUUACUGGGAACUCAGCUCAGCUCAACUGCUAUUCUUGCAAGUUUUCAAUAUAUUUCAACUCAAUUUAUAGCAAUACUCAACAGUCCUACAGUGCAGCAGUUUAACAUAUAUUUGAUUGAAGAAAUCAACCAGGAUACAAGGAUAAUUGAAGAAUUUAUAUCAAGGUCUCCAAACUGCUGCAGAAUUCCAGGGCUUAAUGACUCGCUUAUUGAAAUAAAAGAACUGAUUUUUGUGUUCGUAAAUAAUGAUUUGGAGUCUCUUAAAGACUCAUCAUUAAGAGAUAAGAAAUACUCGAGGCUGCAUUUAGAAUAUUUAAUCCCUAUUCUUGAAAAGUUUAAAGAAGUCAAGGGGAAAUUGCCAAAGCAGAAAACUGCAGCUAAUGUUGCGAAAAAAUUAAAAGAAAGCAAUAACCGUGGAUCAAUAACUAAUUAG